UGAUAUGCGCCCAUUUUGAACUUUCGAAUCGUCGAACCGCGCUUCGAACGUUCGAACGCCGCGUUCGGUUACCGAGGUGAUCGAACUCGAACGAAGGCGCACCGAGCCUCUCCGUUAGUUUGAACCUCCCAGUCAGUCACAACAACAUUCGACAGGAGACAUUAGACAGCGAGUUGAAGCAGAAAUCAUCUAAAGAGUGUAACCCCACCGGUGUGAGGAGUGCAGCAGGCUGUGUAGUCAACUGGUCCGACGAUGCAGCAUCAAGUUGAGAAACCCUACAGGUGUGAGGAGUGCGACUGGCAGUUCGGUAGGCUGGGUGACCUGAAGAGACGCGUUCGGACUCACACGGGGCGACCCUACAGGUGUGAGGCGUGCGGCAAGCAGUUUAGACAGUUCCAACACCUGAAAAGACACGUGCGGACUAACACAGGGGAGAAACCCUACAUGUGUGAGAAGUGUGGCAUUCAGUUCAAUGAGCCACGUAAUCUAAAGACUCACAUCCGGACUCACACAGGUGAGAAACCCUACAUGUGCGAAGCGUGCGGCAGACAGUUCAGUAGGCUGAGUACUCUGAAGUCUCACAUGCGGACUCACACUGGUGAAAAACCUUACAAAUGUGAGGAGUGCAGCAGGCAGUUCAGUCAGCUGGGAGCUCUGAAGAGUCAUAUACGUACUCACACAGGGGAGAAACCUUACAGGUGUGAGGCGUGCAGCAAGAAAUUCAAUCAUUUGGGUAAUCUGAAGACUCACAUACGAACUCACACCGGGGAGAAACCGUACAAAUGUGAGCAGUGCAGCAGGCAGUUCAGCAGAAUAGAUCAUCUUAACUUUCACUUACGAACUCACACAGGUGUGAGUAGUGCAGGCAGUGAACUGGGAAGUCUGAAGAACCACACGCGCACUCACACAGGUGAGAAAUCUUACAAAUGUGAGGAGUGCAGCAGACAGUUCAGUCUAUUGAAUAGUCUGAAGUCUCACAUGCGGACUCACACAGGUGAGAAACCCUAUAUGUGUGAGAAGUGCGGCAUUCAGUUUAAUGAUCUACGUAAUCUAAAGACUCACAUGAACACUCACACAGGUGAAAAACCAUACAGGUGCGAAGCGUGCGGGAGACAGUUCAGUAGGCUGAGUACUCUGAAGUCUCACAUGCGCAUUCACACUGGUGAAAAACCUUACAGAUGUGAGGAGUGCGGCAGGCAGUUCAGUCAGCUGGGAGCUCUGAAGAGUCACAUGCGUACUCACACAGGAGAGAAACCCUACAAAUGUGAGACGUGCAGCAAGAAAUUCAAUCAUUUGGGUCAUCUAAAGACUCACAUACGAACUCACACCGGGGAGAAACCGUACAAAUGUGAGCAGUGCAGCAGGCAGUUCAGCAGAAUAGAUAAUCUUAACUUUCACUUACGAACUCACACAGGUCUGAGUAGUGCAGCAGGCAGUUGAACUGGGAAGUCUGAAUGCUCACAUGCGCACUCACACAGGUGAGAAACCGUGCAGUUGUGAGGAACGCAACAAUCAAUUCAGUAGGCUAGCUGAUUACUCACAUGCGGGCACCGGUGAGAGACCUAACAA